CUCUGUUUAAACGAAACAAGAUUUAGCUGAAGACGCACGUUGUAAAAUGGAUAUGCCAGCUUUCUGGAUCUGCUGGUUGGUAUAUAUGAGCCAUCUUGUAACAGGGUAUUCGGAGAUUGUCGAGAGCGUGAAAGAAGGAAUUGCUAUACGUGUUGAUGGGGGCCAGACAGAGGUUCGAGAGUAUACAAACUUUACAUUGAUUUGUGAAACAACAACAGACACUGGCAGGAUAAAAUGGUUCCUGAAUGGCAGACGGAUGGCUGUGUCCCUCAGACGGAAACCUAAUUCCUGUUCUCUAAUACGGUCUGCUAGGAAGAGGGGGGGAAUAUGAAACAAUGUGCAAGGGGAAGCAACUCCUGCUUGUUGUAGAAGAGGUGACUAGUCAGGACAGCGGCAGGUGGUCGUGCGAGGAUCCCAAUGUAGACAUGAAGAGCAACGAAGUUGAAGUUAAAGUUGUUCCUGAUACUACUGAGUCUCCACCUUCCGAUUUGCCGGAGUCCGUCAGUCUCACUGGCAACAUCGUGAAGAUUGUGUACGGGGUGGACCCGGUGUUGCUGACCUGCAAAUGUCAGUGUGACGACAUAUACGUGUUUGCUUGGGACUACGGCAACGUCACUGCAAACGUGAGCGCGGUGAAGAGGACCUCGAACACAUGUCUCCAACGACUGACUGCUUGGGUCUCCUGGAGAGAUGACGGCAGUACCAUCAAAUGUAUCAUCACCAACCCCACUACGCAACAGACAGCAUCGUCAAACAUCACGUUAGACCUUCAGUACAUGCCACAGAACCCUGUGAUAUCCAUCUCGCCCCGGGACAAUAUCAUUGAAGGUCAGGAGGUGAACAUCUCCUGCCAGCCCCACCCUGAAGGCAAGCCCCGGGGGAAGACAACGGUUGUAGUGAGACCAGGCAAUGAUAAUACACACACGAGACAAUAUUACGUGACGUUUCAAGUCUCACGAGAAGAUGACGGCGCCGAGAUCAAUUGCUAUGCAAUCAAUAAGUAUACGCGUGGAAACAGCUCUGCAUAUUCGGACAAGGACUAUUUGAGAGUGUUAUAUAGCCCAAAGUUGACAGUCACCUCGAACGUAUCGAUAUCCGAAGAUGGCAUCCAGUCUGUGGCAUUCACGUGCACCGCAAGUGGUAACCCUGACAGCACGACUUUCCUGCCCUGGACACACAUGUAUGGCAACACAGUUGUUCGAGCACUUGCAGGAACCAACAACUCCACGCACUCUAUACUCCCGAAUGUCAUCACUUCGCUAUCAAGACACGGGGAUCUACAUAUGUAAUGGCACCAAUGGCAUCGGCAGAAAUGGUUCCAUGUACAGCUUCCAUUGGACGAUGCUGGAUGUACAGGGACUUCCGUAUUUUCCUGAUUAUACCGAUGGCGUAACUAUGGUGAAGACGCUGCAGAACUCGAGUUUCACCUUGACCUUCAGAUAUGUGUCUGACCCCGGGAUCUAAUGUCACGUGGUUUGCCAAGGGGGAACAACUCAGCCCUAAUGAGACUGGUCCGUUUGUUGGAUCAUCCCCUGAGAAGAUCAGUGUUGAUAUGUACGGUAAAAGUAUACGUUUGUCUGGACAUGAGGAGAGGCUAUUAUUUCCAACUGUAUCGGCCGAUAACGACGGAGACUACUUCAUCCGGGUAUGCAACGAAUAUGGCUGCCGUGACUCCAACAUUAUCCAGCUCAAAGCAACGGGUCAGUCCAACGCUGUUUACGACACCCCACCUACGGGAGUCAUAGUUGAGGGUCAGGAAGAAUCUCCAGUCAAUAUGGCGUUAAUAAUUGGUAUAUCUGCCGGGGCCGCCAUCUUAGUUAUCGUCCUUGUCCUUGUGAUAUUACUGGUGCUUCAACGACGGAAGUGUGGAACCCAUGAUACAACAAGUGAUAGAGCUCUUCACAACACAAACGGGUUAUCCGUCACGAAGGAAAAUGCUGCCUACGAACGAGACAGUUUAGGCGCGACUGAGAGGGAGCACAAACGUAAUGGCUCAGACAAGGACUCAAUCUUGGUGAUCAUAAAGAGCAGCCUGUACGGGAAGUCCGUGGCGGCAGACCAAUCUGAGGGACACGGUGCCACGUCAGAACCUGGAGCCUCUGCUGCAGUUUCCCCAGGGGUGUACAUGGAGGUGCAGCAUCCGGACCAAGGCGGCAGCAAAGAGGCUGAGGCCGAGGCUGAGGAGGAGGCAAAGACUCGUCACGAGGAAACUCAGGAGGAAGCAGAUGCGGAGACUGAGAAAAUCGUCACCGAAAUUUACUCUCAAGUUCAGAAGCCCCGCUCAAGCCAGAAAGGCUCAACCGUCAGUGAUGACGUUCCCAUCGAGGUCAUUGACGACCCGCCACUUGAGGACGCUUUCCGUGAUGUUGAUUUAGAAAAUAAGGAUGACCCUGGGGAUGCUGAAGAUGACAAUUCGUAAUUGCCAGCAGAAUAUACAGCUGAACCAAGAUUGCAACGAAA